AAGUGUGUGGGCGGGGCCUCGGCCGCCCACGCCCCGGAAGUGGGCGGGGCACCCUCGCGCCGCCACAGCUGCCCCGCCGCCUCCCAGUCGGGUGGGAGCGGAGGCCGGUCCUGGCUUUGUAGCUCGCUGAAGAUGGCGUCGCAGUCACCCAGCGGGAUCCGCCUCAGCGCGCUUUGUCCAAAGUUUUUACAUACAAAUUCUACAAGUCAUACUUGGCCCUUCAGUGCAGUUGCUGAGUUAAUAGAUAAUGCUUAUGACCCUGAUGUGAAUGCUAAGCAGAUGUGGAUUGACAAAACUGUGAUCAAUAAUCGUAUAUGCUUGACAUUCACUGAUAAUGGGAAUGGUAUGACUCCAGAUAAGUUGCAUAAAAUGCUGAGCUUUGGCUUCAGUGACAAAGUCACCGUGAAUGGUCAUGUGCCAGUUGGAUUGUAUGGAAAUGGCUUCAAGUCGGGUUCUAUGCGUUUGGGUAAAGAUGCAAUCGUUUUUACCAAAAAUGGAGAAAGCAUGAGCGUGGGCUUCUUAUCUCAGUCCUACUUGGAAGUCAUAAAAGCAGAGCACGUUGUUGUUCCAAUUGUGGCAUUCAACAAGCACCGGCAGAUGAUUAAUUUAGCAGAAUCAAAAGCAAGCCUUGCUGCAAUUCUGGAACAUUCUCUGUUUUCUACAGAACAGAAAUUACUGGCAGAACUUGAUGCAAUUAUGGGUAAGAAGGGGACAAGGAUCAUCAUUUGGAAUCUUAGAAGCUACAAAAAUGCAACAGAAUUUGACUUUGAAAAGGAUAAAUAUGACAUCAGAAUCCCUGAGGAUUUAGAUGAGAUAGCAGGAAAGAAAGGAUACAAGAAGCAAGAAAGGAUGGAUCAAAUUGCCCCUGAGAGUGACUAUUCCUUGAGGGCUUACUGCAGUAUAUUAUAUCUAAAGCCAAGAAUGCAGAUCAUCUUACGUGGACAGAAAGUGAAGACACAGCUAGUUUCCAAGAGUCUUGCCUACAUUGAACGGGAUGUUUAUCGACCUAAAUUUUUAACUAGAACAGUGCGAAUUACUUUUGGAUUCAAUUGCAGAAACAAAGAUCACUAUGGGAUAAUGAUGUAUCACAGAAAUAGACUUAUCAAGGCUUAUGAAAAAGUUGGAUGUCAGUUGAAGGCAAAUAACAUGGGUGUUGGAGUAGUUGGAAUUAUAGAGUGCAAUUUCCUUAAACCAACUCAUAAUAAGCAAGAUUUUGACUAUACUAAUGAGUACAGGCUUACAAUAACAGCAUUAGGAGAAAAGCUCAAUGAUUACUGGAAUGAAAUGAAAGUGAAGAAAAAUGCAGAAUAUCCUCUAAAUUUGCCAGUUGAAGAUAUACAGAAGCGUCCUGAUCAGACAUGGGUUCAAUGUGAUGCGUGUCUAAAGUGGCGAAAAUUACCAGAUGGGAUAGAUCAACUUCCCGAAAAAUGGUAUUGCUCCAAUAACCCUGACCCACAGUUCAGAAAUUGUGAAGUUCCAGAAGAACCUGAAGAUGAGGAUUUGGUCCAUCCCACUUAUGAAAAAACCUACAAAAAGAGCAACAAGGAAAGAUUCAGAAUCAGACAACCGGAAGUGAUUCCUCGGAUCAGUGCUGAUCAGCUGUUCCCCACGCCCACUCUUUCCAGCCCAACCUUUCCUUCUGUGAAGGAGAGUGUGCCAAGAGGACAUCUUUCAGGAGUGGCAAGUCCCUACACAACAAGACUCAUGAGCAACCAGCGCACUUCACCGCAGGCCGAACCUGAGAACAACCUAAAACGGAGAUUUUCUCCUCAUUCUACAAUUUUGAAUUCAAAGAAUCGGAGACUGAGUAAUCAAGCAUUUGAAAAUUCAGCUUAUAAAGUUGACGAUGAUGAAGAUGUCAUCAUCUUAGAAGAAAACAGUACUCCCAAACCUGCAGUAGAUCAUGACAUUGAAGUUAAGCCGGAACAGAGUCAUACUGAACAAAGUGCACUUCAGAUUGUGGGCGGUACUGAACCGUGUGGGCAGACAAGCUCAACCAAUAAGUGUGAUCAGGGCACUACUGCAGCCACCCAGACUGAAGCACCAACUUUAGUUGUUAAAAAAGAGGAGGCUAUUGAAGAUGAGAUUGGGGUAGGAAAUAAUCUAGCAAUACUGCCCACCUGUGUAGAUACUGAAGCAAGGAUACAGGUGACCCAGGAAACCAUCAGCAAGUCUGCCGAUGAUGUUGGCCGCCAGUUACAAGAACUGAGAAAUGAGCUACACUUAGUUACCCAGGAAAAAGAUAAUUAUAAGAGACAGUGUCAUAUGUUUACUGACCAAAUCAAAGUGUUACAACAGAGGAUACUAGAAAUGAGUGACAAAUACGUGAAGAAGGAAACUUGCCAUCAGUCUACUGAAACUGACAGUGUCUUCUUAAUGAACAGUAUGAAUGGUAAAGCUGAAAGUCCAGACCCCAUAGUAUCUCAGUAUCAGAAAGCUUUGGAGGAAAUAGAAAGGCUGAAGAACCAGUGUAGUGCUUUGCAACAAAUAAAGGCUGAAUGCAGUCAUUGUUCUAACAGUGAGAGUAAAAAUGAGAUGGAUGAAAUGGCUGUGCAGCUCGAUGAUGUGUUUAGGCAGCUGGACAAGUGCUGUGUUGAGAGGGACCAGUAUAAAAGCAAGAUUGAAUUACUAACAUUGGAGAAAUCACAAAUUGGUUCUCAGUGUGAAGAAUUGAAAAAUGAAAUUGAGCAGUUGAAGUCUACAAGUCAGCAAAUAGGAGCCGAGGUUUCCACUUCCGGGAUGGAGGAAGCUGUGAAUUACACGGAUGGGGAAAGCCUCAAGCUCCGGUCUCUGCGGGUUAACGUGGGACAGCUCCUUGCCAUGAUUGUGCCCGAUCUCGAUCUGCAGCAGGUGAACUACGAUGUUGACGUCGUCGACGAGAUUUUAGGACAAGUUGUGGAGCAAAUGAGUGAAAUCAGUAGUACUUAGGAUGGUUUAUGUGAUCAGUUCUUUCAUUUGUACAUGUUUCAAAAUUAAAGUUUUGUUUUACUGGUAUGUUAGGUAACAGUUUUGUUCUCCAGAUAUGUUAGGCGGUUGCCUGUUUUACAGGCUGAAGAACUAUAUCUUUACCAAAUUCUAUGCAUUUAAAUGUGGUCACAAGUACUGUGGACACAUUAUCAUAAUUUUAAAAACCUGUGAAUGUUGGUAUUGAGCAGCGGACUAGCUAACUUAUUGUGUUUUGAAUGUAAAUAUUUGUAAUUAAGCCCAUACAUAUUUUUUUAUUACCCUUGAAACUUAGGUGUUUUUCACCAAGAGCUUUUCAGGUUGCUCCUAAGGUUUGUGCAAUUUUUCUGGUUCUCUAAAGUGUAUUUUUCUUGAAGUUAGGGUUGUGCCAUAAUACAGAUGGAUAUGUCCUAAGAGUUAUAAGUAAGGUUUUUAAAUAUCAGUCUCAGUAAGUGUCUGAGGGAAUUGAGCAUUAGUAUUUCUUUGUCUUCGUUUGGUUUUGAUGGUACUGGGGUUUGAACUUGGGCCUCACACUUACCAGGCAGACGCUCUAACACUUGAGCUUCACCCUAGCCCUUUUUCACUUUAGUUUAUUUUCAGAUAGGGAUAGGGUCUCAGGCUUUUUUUUUUUUCUAAUAUCAAAAUACAUUUUACUCUGGAUCUCUUUCAGAUCUGGUUUAAUUUACAGUUAUCAAAGCAAUAUAAUGCAAAGGGAAAUGCAACAACACCAGAUGUGCUUAGAAAGGAUGAAAGGGGUCACUGGAUUCAAAUCAUUGUGACAGGGAACGGAGCACAUUACAAGUGUAAUUUUAUGAUAGACAGCAUAGAAAACACCCACAUCAGUCUUCCUUACAAUAGUAAUCAUGAACACGGCAGUAAACACACACAGCUGUCAUGGCCUGGUUUACACUUUUACAAUAGUUUUUAACUAGACAACUAAAGAAAUGAUGCAGACGUUUGAGUUGUGAGAUCUCCCAGCGGACCCCCCUGCCUCCCUCCACCUCUCCUGUCAGGGGCGGCUCACAGUGAAGUACCACCAUGCUGGGCUUGUUUUCCCAGGCUGGCCUGGAGCCCUGCUCUGCCCGGUCACCACUCCACGCAGCUGGCAGACCCGCAGAGCCAUCGUGCCCAGAAACCGCUAGUGUUGCUCAGUUCUUAAUUCCUAUCAACGCAGUAUUUUAUUUACAAAAAUAAAAUAAGCAAAAAUGAAUUCUAUUUUGCCUGGAAAUUUUUUUGUGUGCUGAUUGCCAACUGUGAUUAAACACAAGCAUAUGCAUUGAAAAUAUCAUGUGACCACCACAUUGAUUCCAAGGUCCCUCUUCGGCUGUCUGUCCAGCGUGAGGUGGGCACAGUGAUUAUUAUUUCUUUUUGUGAAAUUUCCUGUGGAACCUGUUGUGGGAUUACUGCAGGUGAGUGUGGCUCGAGGAAGGCCAUUUUUCUCAACACUUUAUACCUUUUAUUAUCUUGCAAAUAUAAGUGUUUUAUAUCCUAGAGUUAAGGAACAAAAACUGGCUUGGGAUAUAGUAUUACCUACCAUGAAAUAUGCUUUCUUGGUCCUAUGUUUGUGCAAUCUUAAAGAGGAGGUAGCUUUCUAUUAAGUACAAAACUGUGUAUAUAAUUUAGAAUCAUAUUUUCCUCAAUUAAAAUGUGUAUUAUUUUUUCCAAAAUUCUAUCAUUGCUAUUUAUUUUAACUUUUAUGUAUACUUAAUUACAUGUCUGUCAUAUAUAAUACUGAAUUUUUACUGUAUAUGACCUUCUAAAAGAUUAAAUAAAUGGAAUUUGUUUUUA